AUGGCGCCUGGGGCGUCAUGCCUGACAUGUUCUUCUUCCGUGAUGCCGAAGAGAUCGAGGCUGAGGCCGCCGACAAGGCUGCUAAGCUGUUGGAAGAACAAGGCGGAGCUGCCCUCGGUGAGAACCGUGCCGUUGACUGGGAUGUCGCCGGUCCCGGUGCUGGUAUCGUCGCGGCUGCUGCUACCAUGCCCUCGGUUGAGGUCGACUGGACUGCCCCUGAGGCCACAACUGAUUGGGCUGCCGCCGACACUGGUGACGCCCAAUGGAACGCCCCAGCUCCCGCUGCUGACGCCUCGGGCUGGUAAACGAAAACGCAAAAAGUGA